CUCAGUUUCCAAAUCCCUCUUCUUCUUUUUUACUAGAAAAUUCUGAAUUUCUCUAUCAAAUUAGGGUUCGGUUCGUAAAAUUCCUAAUUCCCAAUCGUCCAAUUGUGAUCUGAACACUUACUUGAUUAUCACUUACUUCUUGAAUUUUGAUCAAACAAAAAGAAGAAUAAUAAGGUGUGUGCCUGGAAACCUUGGAAAAGAUGGCGGAGAAAUUAGCCCCCGAGAAGCGUCACAACUUCGUCCACGAUGGUCAAAAGGUGUUUGAGUGGGAUCAAACGCUAGAAGAGGUUAAUAUUUACAUCAGUUUACCUCCCAAUGUUCAUUCUAAGCAAUUCUACUGCAAGAUUCAAUCCAAGCAUGUUGAAGUUGGCAUCAAAGGCAAUCCACCAUAUCUCAAUCACGAUCUUACCUGCCCGGUGAAGACAGAUUCUUCAUUUUGGACACUAGAGGAUGGCAUAAUGCACAUAACACUUCAGAAGAGAGAUAAAGGGCAGACAUGGGCUUCCCCCAUUCUUGGCCAGGGUCAGUUGGACCCUUACGCCACCGAUCUUGAACAGAAGCGUCUCAUGCUGCAGAGAUUUCAAGAAGAGAACCCAGGUUUUGAUUUUUCGCAAGCUCAGUUCAGUGGAAAUUGUCCUGAUCCAAGGACUUUCAUGGGUGGAAUCCGUUCAGAUUGAUAAUCUUUGCUGUUGAAUCAUCUAUGUGAACCUUCUCUGAGAUAAUUAUCAGAUGGUAAAUAAUCUACGUAACCUCCCUUUGUCUCCCUCUUGUUAGACUUCUUUGAGACAAGCCUUAAUGCACUCUAUGGUUUGAAUGAUUGUAUGACAUAAUUUUGGCAUUUGCCAAUCUUCUAAUGCCUGUUAUUAAAUAUGUGCAUAUAAAUUAUUGAACAUUCUAGCAAAGAAAUAUUCAAUGCAGCUCCUUAUCCUUUCCACAA